ACAAUGAUUUUAAAUAGAUUUUGUUAAAAAAUAUCUUAUCAAUUUUUUUUUCCACAUUCACACCUCCCAAUACGUUAAUUCUACUAUUUAGAGUUUUAGAUUUUGUUUGUCAAAUGAUAUGGAUAACAUUUAUAAAGUUAGAGAAUAAUAUAAAAAUAUUCAAUCAUAAAUUUUUGGAAUAUAAACAUUAAUAUUUUGAUAUAUAUGAAAAUACGGAUGCAUGCACAUAUCAAGAUCUAGUUUAGCUUAUAAAAGGACGUAAAGAAACAUAGUUCUUACUACACAUCGAAAAGAUUCCAUCUUAAUAAAACAGUUCACAAGCAUUGCAUGAUCAACAUCAUCAGAAAUUAUACUCUUAAAAUAUGAACCCAAGUGUUGACGAGGAGAUGAAGAAGAAGAAGAAGCUGGGGAAUGGGGUUGUGGGAAUACUAGCUGAAUCAGUGAACAAAUGGGAACGAAGAACGCCGUUGACGCCUUCACAUUGCUCUCGUCUUUUACAAGACAGAACAGGCGUUUCACGCAUUGUGGUUCAGCCAUCUGCGAAGCGGAUCUAUCACGAUGCCUUGUACUCAGAUGUCGGAUGUGAAAUCUCUGAUGAUUUGUCUGAUUGUGGGCUUAUACUCUGUAUCAAACAACCCAAGCUAGAAAUGAUACUUCCCGAGAGAGCAUAUGCUUUCUUUUCACACAUUCAUAGGGCACAGAAAGAAAAAAUGCCUUUGUUGGAUAAAAUAUUGUCUGAGAGAGUGACUUUGUAUGAUUAUGAGCUCAUUGUUGGAGAUCAUGGGAAAAGAUUAUUGGCAUUUGGUAUAUAUGCAGGCAGAGCUGGUCUUGUUGACUUCCUACAUGGACUGGGACAGAGAUAUCUAAGUCAAGGAUAUUCAACUCCUUUCCUCUCGCUAGGUUCAUCCUAUAUGUAUCCCUCAUUGGCUGCAGCAAAAGCUGCUGUGAUUUCUGUUGGUGAAGAGAUUUCAAGCCAGGGACUCCCACUAGGAAUCUGCCCUCUUGUAUUUGUUUUCACUGGAACAGGAAAUGUUUCUCGUGGGGCGCAAGAAAUGUUCAAGCUUCUUCCUCACGCUUUUGUUGAACCAAGCAACCUUCCUGGACUAUUUGUAAAAGACAAAGGAAUGAGCCAAAAUGGAAAAUCAACAAAGCGAGUACAUCAAGUAUAUGGCUGUAUUAUUACCAGCCAAGACAUGGUUGAACACCAAGAUCCAUCAAAGUCAUUUGACAAAGCUGACUAUUAUGCACACCCGGAACACUACAAUCCAGUUUUUCACGACAAGAUCGCCCCUUAUACAUCAGUUCUUGUAAACUGUAUGUACUGGGAGAAGAAGUUUCCCCGUCUUCUAAGCACCAAACAGGUUCAAGAUUUAGCAGAAAAAGGAUGUCCGUUAGUGGGAAUAUGUGAUAUAACUUGUGACAUCGGUGGCUCUGUUGAGUUUGUUAACCGAGCUACCUCAAUUGACUCUCCUUUCUUUAGGUUUGAUCCUACAAACAAUUCAUACUACAAUGACAUGGAUGGUGAUGGUGUACUAUGCAUGGCCAUCGACAUUCUACCCACAGAGUUUGCUAAAGAGGCAUCCCAGCAUUUUGGAGACAUUCUUUCCGAAUUUGUCGGUAGUUUGGCUUCGGUGACUGAAGUUUCAGAUCUACCGGGACAUCUGAAGAAGGCUUGCAUAAGCUACAGAGGAGAGUUGACACCUUUGUAUGAGCAUAUUCCACGUAUGAUGAAGUCUGAUCCAGAAGAUGUACAAGGAAAAAUCGCCAGCGGUGUGGUUUCCAACCAGAGAACAUACAAAUCAUUAACUCUGUUAGUUAAUCCAGAUGAAGGAGGAGACAAAUAAGUGAAAGAGUGUUGUUUUGGUGGUUCUGCUAGUAUCUCUAGAGAUGGUUCUCCAUGCAAAGGAAGAGACAAAUAAGUGAAAGAGUGUUGUUUUGAUACUAGUUAGUAAAAGCAUAAACGUACUUGUUUGUUAUGCUCCUAUUGUGAAUUGCAUUUUAAAAUAAACUAGAUUUU